AUGUCUGCGAUGUCGGACAACGUGGGGCAGUACGGCCGCAUCGGCACCGUGCCGGUGGCCCAAGGAGCCGAAGUCCCUCUAACGCACCCAGAGUUCCCCUACACGCCCGAGCCAGCAGCCAGCAGGGGGUCAGACACCUUCUCGUCGACCGCAGGUGGGGCAGGCUCGUCCCUGCCGCCGCCCCCGGUGGGCAUCUGGGGCGUAUUCACUGUGGCGUUCUACCGCCCCUUCUUUGACGUGGACACUGCUGACGUGGCGGAGCGCGUGAGGGACGCGCUCAUGCCCUUCCCGCGCUCCGCCUUCCUCGAAAAGACGGCCCUCAACCCCGACAUCUACGGGCCAUUUUGGAUCUGCACGACGCUCGUGUUCCUGUCGGCGUCGCUAGGCAACCUGGCGAGCUACCUGAGCUACGCUGCGUCGCCCUCAUCAGCCGCGGAGGAGCACUGGCACUACAACAUCGACGCCGUCAGCUGGGCUGCUGCCAUCUUCUACGGCUAUGUGGCUGUCGUGCCGCUGCUGCUCUUCUUCCUCCUGCGCUACCUGCAGGUUUCCGCGGGGUUGGUCCAGCUGUGGUGUCUGUAUGGCUACUCACUGGCCGUCUACAUCCCCAUCUCGUUCAUAACGGUGCUGCCGCUGGACCUGCUGCGCUGGCUCAUAGUGCUGGCUGCCACGGCCAUCUCCUGCUUCUUCCUCGGCGUCAACCUGCGAGCACAGAUCACAGUGGGCCACGAGAUGUGGUUCCCCAUCGUUGUCGGUGCUGUGCUGCUGCAGGCCGGCCUGGGGGUUCUCCUCAAGCUCUAUUUUUUCACCUACAUUCAGCUCUAG